AUGCCCGCCAUCUACUCGAUCAGCUCCUUCUUCGCCUACCGCUACUACCGCCACUACGUCUACUUUGCCAUCAUCAGGGACACAUACGAGGCCUUCGUCCUGGCCUCCUUCCUCAUCCUCUGUCUGCUCUACGUCGGCCGCUCGCCCCUCGAGCAGCACGAAGUCAUGAAGCAGAAGGAGAAGAGCCCGCUCGUCUUCCCCUUCUGCUGCUUCCGAUACCGCCCCUCCAAGCCCUACUUCCUCGUCGCCACCAAAUGGAGCGUCCUCCAGUACGUCAUCCUGCGCCCGCUUAUCUCCGCCACCGCCCUCAUCACCGACACCCAAAAGGCCUUCUGCGCCUCCUCAUACAGCCCCCACUUCGCCAACCUAUGGCUGACGAUCCUCAUCUUCAUCUCGGCCACGCUGGCGCUGUACGGGCUGCUGAUCACCAAGCAUCUGGCCGCCGAAGAUCUGCAGGGCCAUCGGCCGACCUGCAAGUUCAUGUCCAUCAAGAUCGCCGUCUUCCUCGUCUUCUACCAGAGCUUCCUGCUCUCCUUCUUCGACCAUCUCGGCCUCUUCACCCCCACCGAAUACUGGUCCCGCUCCAACAUCGCCGACGGCGUCAACGCCCUCGCCACGACUAUCGAGAUGGCCAUCGUCGGCCUCUUCCAGCUCUACGCUUUCCCGUAUACCGAGUAUCGCGCACUCAUCAAAGGCUCAGAAAUCGACAGACAGAAAUCGGUCUUCAGGAACUUCCUGCAUUCCCAAGAUUACCGGGACUUCGGGCGGGAUAUCUGGAUGGGCAUCCAGUUCCUCGUGGACCGGCUGCGCGGGGCGGAGUACACGAAGUCGCGCCACGCGACCCCGCAGGGCGCCAACGGGCUCGACUUCCAAGCCGCGUUCGGCCUGGACCCCGGCCACGCACGCGUCCGCGACCGCGAGUGGGGCCAGACGCAUAGCCCCGCCACGCCGCCGGACGCCGGCCGGAAGACGUGGGCGGCCUUCGGGCGCCCGUCGGGCGAGACCGACGUCUGGGACGCCAAGGCCCAGCCGCCGGCCGACCCGGCCUACGAAUCCAUCAAGCUCGGCCUCGUCGACUCGCCCUACACCUCGCCCUUCGUCGACUCCCCCCACGACGGCCACCACGGCCACGCCAUCCCGCCCCCGCCCGUCGACUCCCUCGGCUACCACCAUCGCCCCGACGACCGUCGCCCCCGCGCCGCCUCCGACGCCUCCGAGACCUCCGACAACCUCGACUCGCUGCCCGACUUCACCCAUCCUCAUCUGCCUGGGAGCCACCAGCACCAGGAACUGUUCCCCAGAAACUCCUGA